CGAGGGAGAGAAAUCAAAAAGAGGUCUGCGAGUUGCAGGACAGUAUGACUACCGAAAAAUAUGACAACACUUUCGAUCCUAAAGUCUACUUUGACACUUAUUACGAUGACCCAAGCAAAGAUGAGUACUAUCUUAUCAGGUUGACUGACUUUUUUACUCGAGUUGUAAAAGACAAAGCCACUAGUAUGCUGGAAUACGGUGCGGGCCCAACUAUCUCAAGGUUCAUCACUGCCUCUAAGCAUCUUAAAAGUGUCAUUGCUGCUGAAUACGUUAARGAAAAUCGACAGGCCAUGGAAGACUGGAUCAAUCAAGACCCWAAAGCAUUCAACUGGAGACCGACUUUUGAAUACGUGGUACAGAAGCUGGAAGGCAUGACACCAGAUGAAGUUGAGAAACGUGAAGCAGARGUMCGAGAGAAGAUCAAAGCAGUUGUACAUUGCGAUAUUAAAGCAGAAAAUCAUCUAGAAAUUCCAAGUGAAAUCUCUKCCAAGUACGGCCCGCCAUUUGAUGUUGUUGCGUCAAGUCUAACUCUCGAGGGAGUUGUUGAUACGUUCCAAGAGUACAAAGAUCAAGUGUCAUACCUGACUAACCUUCUGCAAACCGGUGGCCAUCUACUCUUGCAUGGUGUUUUGGAGCAAAGUUUUUACACUGUUGGUACGUCUAAGUAUAAAACAGUUUACUUGACGAAGGAAAUGGUGUUGGAAAGCAUGAAGGAUGCAGGCCUUAAAAAUGUUGUCAUCGACCUCGCUACUACCCAUUUUGGCUUUAAAGAGUUCAACCAGCUACCACAUGCUGAUCUCAAAGAUUUUUACGUCGUCUACGGACAAAAAUAGCAGAUAAGCCGUAGACUCUGUUCAAUGCUAAAAUAACUGCUCUAUAAUCAUUGUUGUUGUUGAAUGGAAUUCGUCAGCAGUGAAGCAUAGAAUAGAACAACAGGAUUUCAGAAAUAAAAGUUUUUGUUUAAA